AUGGCUUGGUUCUCUUUUCUACUCUUCUUGCUCAGUCCGUUUGCAGUUUGUGGCCUAAACUUCUCUACCGUCUUCGUUUGGGAACAGUUGAACUUCAAUUGGCCCUCCCACAAGAACUCGUUUCAGACCGUUUACGAACCCAACAAUAUUUUGACUUACGACCAUGCAGUGUUUCGAGAGCGCAUUUUCAUCAGCUUUUAUAUUUUUGGCGUGCCUGUCACUCUGACUUGGCUGUCGAUGACUGAGGCGCAGUCCCGCGAACCCAAACUUCGUCCUUUUCCGUCGUGGACAAUGCACGAAGAAGGGGGCUGUGAAAAAAUAAAAGAAAUAAAGGGGUUGGAAGUGGACCCCGUGGGCCGCCUCUGGGCGCUGGACAGAGGAACUAAAAAUUGUGCAGCAACCAAACUGUGGAUAUUCGACCUGGCCAACAACGAUUCCGUCGUGCUCGUCCACCAGUUUGCUUAUCACGUCGCCAUUCACGACUUAUCUAAAAAGGAUAUGCGCGAGUUUGUGCUCGACGAGACGCCAGACGACGACUGGCUCGCCUAUAUUCCAGAUUUUCAAGCCGCAAAAAUAGUGGUUUUCAGUCUAAAGCGAAAUACGUCGUGGACGGUCAAAAUCGAGAAAGUUAAAUUCAGUGCCUUCGCCCUUUCCCCGAAAAUAAAUAGAGGAUUACUCUACCUCGCCGAUCAAACUCAAACAGAAGUGCACACGGCUCCUAUUUCCAGCCUCAGGAGAGGAGACAAGAAAGUUAAUCCUUAUUUGGUGGGAAAUAAGACGGAGGGAUCCAGGAGGAUGCUCAUGGACAGCAGAGGGAAAUUGUACUUUGAUCUUGAGAGAAAAGGAUGCAUCGCCACCUGGGAUACCAAUGCCGAUCCUUUCCUCGAGGAGGUUGUCUACCAGAAAGAAGAACUGAAGAAUAAAUUUCCAUUUUCAUUCGCCUUUGACACUUGCAAUAAUCUUUGGCUUCUGAUUCGGAAUGGAACCAAGUACCAGCUGCUCAGGGCAGCAGUCGGCGCCAGGUCUUAUUUGUACAACGACUCCGACGUUUUAUUGCCAGCGUGCGGAAAGAGAGAUGAAUAUUUCGGCCCAGAAUUUAAUAUUUCCGGCCCAUCAAUUGCGGACAAAAGAAAUGCAACAGUUCACGGGUGUGAUGAUCGUGUUCUCCAAAAUUUACGCGUUUUGAACGUGGUGCUAUCUUGUUGGAACGUGUUCAGCUUUUUCUCGAUUGGAUUCCAGAUAUUUUGGUUCCGAUUUUUGAAAAGAAAAAAUAAGGGCAUGUUAGCCAAAGCUCCUGAAAAAUUUCAGGAGAUUAUUCCUGAUGGAGAAGUGAUUUAUGAGGAAGUUGAGCCUUCCACUUCCGUUUGA